GUGAUCACUCUCUCCCGAGUCCUUUUCCCUUUCCCCCCUUCUCUGCCCUUUCGGGCCUUUCCCUCGUUCGGGCGCAAGUUAAUUUUCUCUCCUUAACUUGGGCCUGAUCUAUCCAAUUUGGCGAUUUCUCUUGUCCGUCCCUCCUUUCCCCCAACAAAAACCUUGCCCUAGAUUUGAAAUUCUGACACACGGACAGACCACCCAUGGCUAGCGAAACCCAACACCACUCCCGUCGCAAGCACCGACGCUCCUCCUCUGCCGACGAGAUGGAGGUGGAGCCCUCAAAAAGCCGCAAGCACCGCCACCACCGUCACAGCAGCCGAAAACACGAAGAGGAAAUCAAACACGAACGGAACGGCGCUAGAUUGGUUGAAGCAGAGGACUCGGCUGCUCUUCCUCUGGUUGGUGCUAUAUCAGGUUCGAAGUCUAGGCCUGAUUAUGAAAGAGAGGAAGGUGAGAUUGUGGAAGAUGAUACCAAUGUUGCGGAGGAGAAGAGAAUCGAUUCUGAUGUGGAGUCUGGUGAAAUACAAAUAAAGGCUGCUGUAGUUCGCGGUGAUUCUGACAUGGGAGUUCUUGAAGGUCAAGAUGAAGUUGGCCUUAAUUGCAAUUUGCCAUUGGAAGACAAUCUAGGUAGAAGAAGUGGUCGAGAGUCAAAGUCUUUUGGAGAGGAUAAGAGUGAUGAUGAGUUGGUGACCACUACGUCAUUGGAUAGGAGGAAAAAUUUGACUAGUGGUUAUAAGAUCCAUGGUGAGGCUGGUUUGGGGAGUAAUUCAAGUUACGAUCAGCUCUUCAGUGGGGAUGUUUUACGCCAAUCUCAUAAAGAAGGCAAUAAACCACAUUUAGAAUCUGGAUCCCCUGUGGAAGGAAGUUGCAAACAAAAGAGCUACUAUGGUGAUGAAAGUGACAUAAAGGAUCAAAGGAAAUCAUUGUCAUCUGAAAGUACUGGGGCCAUACACAAAAUCUCUGCACACUCGCCCUCUCGUGGUGGGUACCAUGAACAGGUUCAUACUAGGAACAGAUUGAGGUUGCAUGACCAGGCUUGGGAAAGAUCUCGGUCCCAAAGCCUUUUACAAGAGGUAUCCCUUUUGAAGACGAUACACCAGCAAGAUGCUGCAUACUACACAGAUAAUAGGAAAACUGUGAGGGACUCAGACAAUGAAGAAACGGUUCGGGGCUAUGGAAACUAUCAGCAUAGAAGUACAAAUCUGUCGAGGGAUAAAGAAAGGGAACAUAGUUCUAGUAAUAGCAGAUAUAUUGGGCAAGUGUACAGACAUCACAGUCAGGAGAUUUGGGAUACAGAGAGGAUAGGGAGUAGGGAGACAUUGGAGAGAGAUAUGGAGGGGAGUCGGGAGACUCGGGAUACAGAUAAGGAUGUGGACAGAACAAGAGAGAAGGGACGAGAUCGUGAGAGGGAGAGGGAGAGGGAGAGGGCGAGGGCCAGGGAAAGAGAUGGAGAUAGAUAUAGAGAUAGAGAUAGAGAUAGAGACAGGGAGGGGGAGAGAGAGAGGACCAGGGAGAGAAAUAGAGAUGAGGAUAGGGAGAGGGGGAGAGAGAGGUACAGGGAGAGAGACAAGGAGAGUGAGAGGGAGAAGGAUGGGAGAAGGGAGAGCGGAAGGGAUAGAUAUAGGUAUAAUGACAGGGACAAAGAGAUUGAUAGGGUUAGUAGGCACCAUAAAUAUGCAAAUGUUAAUGAUGGCUUUGCUAAUCGAGAUAGGUUUGAGAAUUCCCGGCAUAGGAGGCAAGUUGAAACAGAACAAAGGGAGAGGGCAAGGAAAAAUGAUCCAGAAAGAACUUGUAGUUCUAGACAUGAUCAUUUGGAAGGGAAUGAAGAUAAACUUAAAAGAGACAAAGAUGAACAAGAGGAAUCCCAAGAAAGGAUUGCAUUGCAACUUGUGGAUCAGGAAGAGGAAGAUCUCAACAGAAUUAAGGAGGAGAGCAGAAGGCGGAGGCAGGCCAUCCUAGAAAAAUAUAAAACUCAGCAGUUUCAGCAAGAAUGUGUGCCUCGUCCAGAGGAUAUUGAUAAGAAGCUCGUGGAGCUGCCGUCUAAUCCAGUAGGAGCUGUCAAUGUUGUUCCAGAAGUUCUUGAUGGUCUCGGUGAUGGUGCAGAUACCAAUUUUGCUGAUCCAUCAUUUUCUGUUGGUAAAACCCCUUCACAAAAUGGGGUUUCUGCAUCUGAGAAGACUUCUGGUGCUGGGGGACUGGGAGAGGGUACUCCAAAGAGUGAGAGAUCCAACGAUAUGUUCUGUGAUGAUAUAUUUGGGGAGUCGCCUGCUGGAGUUCGUAAACAGGGGAAAGGAGAUGGUAUAGCAAUUGAAAGGAGUGGUCUUCAUGAUAAUUGGGAUGAUGCAGAGGGGUACUAUAGCUACCGUUUUGGGGAAAUACUUGAUGGUCGGUAUGAAGUUAUUGCUGCUCAUGGGAAAGGAGUCUAUUCGACAGUAGUCCGCUCAAAGGAUCUUAAGGCUGGAGCUGGUCAUCCAGAAGAAGUGGCAAUAAAAAUCAUACGUAAUAAUGAAACAAUGCAUAAGGCUGGAUUGGUAGAGCUGGUCAUAUUGAAGAAGUUGGUCGGUGCAGACCCAGAGAACAGGCGCCAUUGUGUUCGUUUCCUUUCAAGUUUUAAGUACCGGAAUCAUCUUUGUUUAGUUUUUGAAUCACUUCAAAUGAAUCUGCGAGAGGUUUUAAAGAAGUUUGGCCGCAAUAUUGGACUGAAACUAACUGCUGUUAGAGCAUAUGCAAAGCAACUAUUUAUUGCGCUUAAGCAUCUCCGAAAUUGUGGCGUGCUUCAUUGUGAUAUAAAGCCAGAUAACAUGCUGGUAAAUGAAGUGAAAAAUGUGCUGAAGCUUUGUGAUUUUGGCAACGCCAUGUUUGCUGGUAAAAAUGAAAUUACACCAUAUCUUGUGAGCCGCUUUUAUCGCGCCCCUGAGAUAAUUUUGGGCUUGACAUAUGAUCAUCCCAUGGAUAUUUGGUCAGUUGGUUGCUGUUUGUUUGAGCUUUAUACUGGGAAAGUUCUUUUUCCAGGUUCUACCAACAAUGACAUGCUUCGUCUUCAUAUGGAACUAAAAGGUCCAUUUCCUAAAAAGAUGCUUCGAAAGGGAGCUUUUACAGAUCAUCAUUUUGACCAGGAUUUGAAUUUUCUUUCCACAGAGGAGGAUCCUGUUACAAAGAAGACUAUGAAGAGGUUGAUUCUCAAUAUCAAGCCAAAAGAUAUUGGGACAGUAGUUAGGAGCUCUCCUGGCGAGGAUCCGAAGAUGUUAGCCAAUUUCAAAGACCUUCUAGAAAAAGUUUUUGUGUUGGAUCCAGAAAAGAGGAUAACAGUAUUGCAAGCAUUGCAUCAUCCCUUCAUCACUGGCAAGUGAUCAAUGAUGCUGAUUUCUGACUCCAGAAAAGCUGCUGCACUACAUAUUUGUACAUUAUGAUCUAAAUUUAUAUUCUGAUCUCUAAUCAUUGGGAAUUUAUCUGUCUUUAUCUUCUCUGUGCUGGCUUGAGAGCUUUGGACACAGUUUUGGGCAAUGGUAGAAGUUGCAAGAGAGGAUGUUUGUUUUGCAGACUUCUUACUUGGCAGUUCUUUCGGUGGAAUGUGUUCUGUUUCUAUUGAUAUCUAUCAGUCAUAUGAGGCAACCGUUCAGUGCUCUAGAUGCAUAAAAGGCACUCUGGAGAAGGAAUUUGCAGUGGAGGUGUAUGGCUGCAGCUUUGAAGGCGAAAUUAUUUUCAGGUACAACUCCCUGUGCUUAUGCGAUUCUGGAUUCUUUGGCGGUUCGAGAGGGUUGAGGCAGGGGGAUCCUUUAUCUCCUUUUCUUUUCAUCAUUGUAAUGGAGGCCUUCAGUAGGUUGAUGAGGCAUGCAGGCGAGAUUGGCUACUUCAAAGGCUUCAGGGUAAGGAGAGAUCCUUCUUUCCAGGUGCAGAUCCUAACUUGCUCUUUGCAGAAGCUACCUGUGUUAUGUGAUGCUGAUGUGAGCAGUUGAGGUACCUGAGAGGGGUUUUGGUGUGCUUCUAGGCGGUCUCGGGGCUGAAAAUUAAUCUUCGGAAGAGCGAGGUUUUGUUUGUCGUAGUGGUGGAGGAGAUUGAUGAUCUUGCCAGCAUCUUGGGUUGUAGAGUGGGACCUUUCCUCUGGUGUAUUUGGGUUAUCUUUGGGAGUUCAAUCUAGGAGAGGUUCUUCUUGGGAUCCAGUAGUGCAGUGGUUCGAGAGGAGGCUAGCUAGGUGGAAGAAGUAGUUUUUUAUUGAAAGGGGGUCGUUUGACUUUAUUGAAGAGAACCCUUUCGAGUCUUCCCUCUUAUUUUAUGUCCCUCUUUCCUAUCCCGGCUUCUGUGGUGAGGAAGUUAGGUAGAUUGCAGAGGAACUUCUUGUGGCGUGGUAUGGGAGUUGAGUUUAAAUACCAUCUUGUGCCGUGGGAGUAGAUUUGUAGGCCCAUUCAGGCGGGUAGUCUGGGCGUGGGGAGAUUGGACUGGUUCAACAAAGCUUUGUUGGGCAAAUGGUUGUAGCGGUUUCGGGUGGAGACUCAUUGGCUAUGGAGGAGGGUCAUAUGCCCUAGAUAUGGUGAGGCUAGAUGUGGGUGGUGCUCUUUGGUGUUGAGGUCGCCCACCAGAGUUGGCUUGUAGAGGAGCAUCCAAAAGGGCCGGGAUGAAUUCUCCAAGCAUGUCUGAUUCAGGGUGAGGGAUGGACACAUAGUCAGUUUCUAGGAGGGCCCUUGGUGCGGAGAGAGGCCGCUCGAGAGAGUGUUUUCGAGACUUGUGGGGAUUGCUAUUGAUAGGCAGGUGAUGGUUGCUCAUUCCUAUCACCUUGAUGGUGGGAGAUUUUCUUGUGAUGUACAAUUUUAGAGAUUUCUUCAUGAUUAGAAGGUGGAGGAGAUGAUUGAAUUUUUGCUAUGCUUUAUAGUUUGUCUGUUUCUGGAGAGGGAACAGGUGAGAUGCUCUGGACAGGUGCGAGCCAUGAGAGAUUUGAGGUUCACUCGUUCUAUUGUCGCUUGAUGGACUCUCAAGGGAUAUCCUUUCCAUGGAAAGGCAUAUGGCUACUUAUAAGAAUAAAAAAUAAAUAAAGAAAAGAAAAGAAAAUGUAAGAAAUUUAUCAAGAAGGAAAUAUGGUGGUGAGUGAGGGAGUGCAAUAAAUCGUACAAAAUAAAAGAAAGUUUAAAUGAAUGGCAAACAAACAACAAACAAGAGGACUUAGAAAAAUUAAAAGUGAAGAAGGUGGUAAAUAAAGCUAAAGAAAAUAAACUAACUAGUGUGUAUGAAAAAGAUAUAAAAGCUAGCAAAAAGUAGAAAUAAGUUGACUAUGACACGGAUCAAGUUAGAUCCAUCAAGGAUAUAGAUGAAAAAAUAUUAGUUAAAAGAGAUGGACAUAUAAGAUAGAUGGUGAGAAUAUUUUCAACAAUUCGUGAAUGCGGUACAUUUUGAAGAAGAAAUCACAUGCAAUUAACAUAAUAUGAUAAUGUUAAGUAGGAUCAGUAAUAGAAAAAUAAAGGAUGCAAUUAACAAAUUACUAAUACAAGCUUGGAAAACUCUAGGAAACUUGGGUAUUGAAUGACAACUUUAAUCAAUAAAAUUCUAAAAGAAGGAAUGAUGCCUAAUUCAUCGAGAAAUAGUACGAUUAUACCAAUAUACAAAAAUAAAGGUCAUAUACAAAAUUGUAAUAAUAACUGAGCAAUCAAAUUAAUGAGUCCUACAAUGAAAUUGUGAGAGGUUUAUAGAACAAAAUUAAGGAAUAAAGCCAUACUAUCCGAGAACCAAUUUGGAUUUAUGCUAGGGAGAUCUGCUAUGAAUACCAUUUAUUUACGUAGGCAAUUGAUAGAAGAAUGUAUGAUAAACAAGCAGAUCUAUACUCGGUGUUCAUAGACUUACAAAAGGCAUAUGAUAGGGUUACAAGUAAUAUAAUUUGGUGGACUUUAGAUAAAAAUCGAGUCCCUUUAAAUUUUAUUAUAUUAAGGGCACUAUAUAAGGAAAAAAUAACAAUUUCUCUAUAAAAGUGAGGCUGCAUCAAGGAUCUGUACUUAGCCAAUACCUGUUUACAACCUUGGAUGAAAUAACAAAAGAUAUAAAAGAAUACAUCCCGUGAUGCAUGUUGUAUGCUGACGACAUAGUAUUAUUGCAUACUUCCAAGUAAUGCUUGGGAACAAAAUUUGAAAUUAACGACAUAGUAUUAUUGCAUACUUCUAAGGAAUGCUUGGGAAAAAAAAAAUCGUAACUUGGAGAAUGCUUUAGAAACAAAAGGGUUUAGAAUUAAUAUGACUAAACAGAGCAUAAGGAAUGUAAAUAAAAUAAAUAAAUAACAGACGAGUGUUGGGCGUGAAAAAAGACAGAAGAACAAUGCAUUCAUGUAACUGAAAUGAAGAUGUUGAGGUGGAUGAUAGAAUUGAUUAAAAAAUAUAGAUUAACUAAUCAAACUAUGAGGGGGAGAGAAUGUCGAAAACAGACUUAGGUGUUAAUGGACACACAUGGAAUGUCGACCCGUUAAUGCACCCGUAAGAAAGGGAAUGUCAGUUUGCAUAGAAGGUAAGAGACUCCAAUGCCGACAAUAACUAGUAUGGAACGAAGUAAUUAAAAAUGACUUCAAAAAAUAAACAUAGGGCAGUCUCACACAGACACAAUAUAUAUAAUAUAGAGAGAGAGCAUUCUGUUGGAUUCUUGUUAGGUUUUCGACCGAUUAUUAGUUGAUGGCUUUUGGAGCGGUAAUGAAUGUGGAUGACUGCCCUAUGUUUAUUGGUUUGGAGGAUCUACUCUGAUAGUCAUGCAGAUUUUAUCCUUUUAAGGGGGUAGAAUAUUUUGGAUAAUCUUAGUAUAAAGUUCUCACAUUUUGACAUGAGAUGUAAAUCUUUGUUCUUCCUACCAAGAUCGUAAUUUGCCUGCUCUCUCUGGUUAAUUUUGUAACUCGAUUGUAUGUUUGAAUGUAAUUGAUUGCAAUGGAACUUUGGUGAGCUGAAUGUUUGGACAAAGUUAUGUCAAUUUCAUGAGUUCUGCUCCAUAGGACUCAUCUGCUUUAAAGUUGAUUCGUUUGUCAACUAUACAUGUAUAAUUUGAAUUGUUCUCGGAUCCCUCGUGUAUUUAACAGAACCAAUUAUUCUUCUCAACUAAUUUUACAGAAGCUUUCUA